ACCCUAUUUCUCAACUAGGAUUCAAACUGAUGUAACUACUCCAGUUUUUUGUACUCUCAGAUGUUCAAAGCGGCACCAGUCUUAAUAGCCAACAAGUGAGAGCAACCCGUAAGUCAGUCGAACUGAUGAAUGGGUACUCACCUUGGAAAGCAGUACACACAACCAUCAACAAAAUACCAGGUUUCAAAGAGCUUUCCUACUCCUUUGAUGGCGAAUUUAAAUUUUGCCAAUAGUCAAAGGUUAUUUAAAACUGAAUAUGGGGGGCUGCGAGGAACGAACUCGGCUGUGAGGACAUCCUGUGUGGAGCAAGCACUUGGAUUCAGCUCCUUCAGUUCCAACAUGGAAGAAACUUACACUGACUCCCUGGACCCUGAGAAGCUAUUGCAAUGCCCCUAUGAUAAAAACCAUCAAAUCAGAGCUUGCAGGUUUCCUUAUCAUCUUAUCAAGUGCAGAAAGAAUCAUCCUGAUGUUGCAAGCAAAUUGGCUACUUGUCCCUUCAAUGCUCGCCACCAGGUUCCUCGAGCUGAAAUUAGUCAUCAUAUCUCAAGCUGUGAUGACAGAAGUUGUAUUGAACAAGAUGUUGUCAACCAAACCAGGAGCCUUAGACAAGAGACUCUGGCUGAGAGCACAUGGUAGUGCCCUCCUUGCGAUGAAGACUGGGAUAAAAAUUUGCAGGAACAGACCAGUACCCCAUUUGUCUGGGACACAACUCACUACUGUGACAACAACAGCCCUGCAAACAACAUAGUUAUGGAACAUAAGAAUAACCUGGCUUCAGGCAUGCGAGUUCCCAAAUAUCUGCCGUAUGUUCUGCCAUGGAAAAACAAUGGAAAUGCACAGUAACUGAAUACCUAUCUCAUCAAAUGCCAGACCUUAGAAGACUCUUGCUUCUUCCUGCUCCAGUGGCUUCUUCAUUUUCCUCCAUCUAAUUAUAGAAUGAUAAACUCUCUGUGACUUUCUAAACUGACAAGUACAGUUUUUUCAUCCCCCUCUUGAAUCCUCAUUUGAUACAAGAACCCUCAUACUCAGAAGCUUUCAAAUAAACGUGUGAUAUAGAUUAAAAAAAAAAAACUGAAU